AUGGCGGUCGGGGACGCGCUGCGGCGCCUCUGCGAGGAGAUCGGCUGGUCCUACGCCGUCUUCUGGAAGGCCAUCGGCGCCGCCGACCCCGUGCAUUUGGUGUGGGAGGACGGCUACUGCGGCCACACGCCAUGCCCCGCCGGAUCUGAGGCUUCUCAAGCUCGGGCCGCUGAGCUCGGGUGUUCUGCUGCUGUUGACAGCAUUUGCUCACUCGUUCGGAAGGACAUGGCCGAGCAGGUUCAUGUCGUUGGAGAAGGGACCGUCGGCCGUGUUGCCUUCACUGGCAGUCAUCAAUGGAUCAUCCAUGGUACUGCGGAUGAUCACGGGCUCUCAUCCGAGGUUGCUUCUGAGAUGCAUUAUCAGUUCAGAGCUGGCAUUAAGACUAUUGCGAUUAUUCCUGUGCUACCACGCGGCGUGCUACAAUUAGGCUCUACUGGUGUGCAGGUUAUGGAGAACACAAGUUUUGUGAUGCAUGCAAAGAAAUUGUGCUCUCAGCUGAACCAGCGAUCAAGUAUGGCUUCAUCUGCUUCAGUAAAAAGUACUUCGAAUCAGUCGCGUCCUCUGCAUGGUGCCUCAAACAUCCAAGCUGCAGACAAUUCCUUCAGUCAAUUCCCAGUGAUACGUGAACAAUACAGACGAUCUGAUAGCGCAACUGCAUCAAGUAGCAAAUCACUAAAUGCAUCUUUGUUUGAGGCUGCACAACAGAAUGGUCUAACUGGUAGAGAGCAUAUUGUCUAUGGCAAGCCUAACGAUAUGUUUGUACAACAAGCGUCUUAUUGUGAUAAUCGACUUGGAAGUAAUACACAGAGUGCUGAAAUAAGCUCUGGUUUGGUCCCAUCGAGCUUGGCAUCAGUGGAGCAACAGCAAAUGCUGAUGAACACCAUUGGACAGUUAGAAUUUGGUAGCGGUACAGAUUUGGCACGGAGUGCACUGCUAAAAUCACUUUUAUACCGAAAUCCUUUUAUGCAUGAAACUAGUGACAUGAAGCUGUCACAUGGAAGAGUUGGCCUACCCCAAGGGACUGCUGGUCAUGGGAGUUAUGGUUUCCUCCCUGGAAGUGCCGGAGUAGUCAGUACUACCUUAUGUACAUCAAGUCAAGUAUCAGAACAAGGAAGCCAUUCCAGUUCAGGAAUGUUACGGCAGAAGCAACCUCCAGUUUCUUGUAAUGUUCCCCAAUCUUCUGAAUUCACCAUGAAAAUGGUGCACCAAGAAAGAAGGUCAUCUGAAGGUGCUCUGCCUGUAUCUUCUCAAUCUGAUGUUCAGGUUUCUAAUUGCUUGAAUGGCAUGUCCCAGGAGAAUCUAUUGAGUAGGUCAGGUCAUAUGCAGAAAGAUCAAAAUGCCGAUAGAGCAAAUGAUCCACGUGUUGCUGUGAGCACACAAGGUGUGAAGAAUAUGGAUGGUUGCAUGCUGCCAGCUAUGCCCAGUGAGACAACUCACUCUUUGCUUUUGCAGCCAACAUGGGAUAAUGACUUGUUUGAUAUAUUUGGUUCUGAAUUUCAUCAGUUGGGUCAUAAUGUGGAUGCUAAUUUGGUGUCCUCCUGUGAUGCAAAAUCUCAUAGUUUAGACAGAGAGGCAACUGAACCCUCGAUUUGUCUUGAUUCUUCUUCACUCUUCAGUUCACUAGACAAUGACUUUCCCUGUUCCGGGAUCUUCUCACUAACUGAUACUGAUCAAUUACUGGAUGCUGUCAUCUCAAAUGUCAACCCCAGCAGUAAGCAGAGUUCUGAUGACAAUGCUUCUUGCAAGACUGCAUUGACUGACAUUCCAAACAUUUCUCAUUUUGGUUUGGAAGAGUUAAAGCAAUGUGACUCCUCUGGCAUUCCUUCAACGGUAAUCAAGAAUGAGUCCACACAGAUUGUUAAACAACCAUAUUACUUCGAUAAGACUGAAGAUGGUUGUCUUUCCCAAAAUAAUGGAGCACAGAAAUCUCAGAUACGUCUUUGGAUUGAGAAUGGUCAGAACAUGAAAUGUGAAAGUGCAUCAGCUUCUAACAGCAAAGGUCUUGAUACACAAAGCAAGUCAAAUCGAAAGAGAUCUCGACCUGGAGAGAGUUCUAAGGCACGGCCAAAGGAUCGGCAGCUGAUACAGGAUCGUAUAAAGGAGCUCCGAGAAAUGGUGCCUAAUGGAGCUAAGCAGUGCAGCAUUGAUGCUUUGUUGGAGAAGACAGUUAAGCACAUGCUCUUCUUGCAAAGCGUUACAAAGCAUGCAGACAAGCUCAAGGAUUCUACUGAAUCUAAGAUACUUGGCAGUGAGAACGGUCCUGUGUGGAAAGACUACUUUGAAGGCGGUGCAACCUGGGCCUUUGAUGUUGGCUCUCAGUCUAUGACAUGUCCAAUCAUCGUUGAGGAUCUUGACAGACCACGUCAGAUGCUUGUGGAGAUGAUUUGUGAGGAUAGAGGCAUCUUCUUGGAGAUAGCUGAUUUCAUCAAAGGACUUGGGUUGACCAUCCUGAGGGGUGUAAUGGAAGCACGUAAAAGUAAAAUCUGGGCACGCUUUACCGUUGAGGCAAACAGGGACGUAACCAGAAUGGAGAUCUUUCUGUCGCUUGUACGGUUAUUGGAACCCAACUGUGAUGGCAGCGGAGCAGCAGAGAAUCCCAACAGUGUGAACAUGCCUCUUGGUUUGGUUCGCCAACCUGUCAUCCCGGCAACAGGUGGUAUCCAGUGA